GGCAGGCAGGAGGCUGGGCACGGGUCCCCGGGCGCUUCCCCCCUCUCCUCCCAGAGGCAGCCCCGUAGCCCCGGCAGAUUCCCGGCCACACCAUGCCCCAAGCCAGGCUCUGCAGCUGCUGGGGUGGCCGGGUGCUGCCCCUGCUGCUGGCCUAUGUCUGCUACCUGCUGCUUGGUGCCAUUGUCUUCCAGCUGCUGGAGAAGCAGGCGGAGGCUCAGUCCAGGGACCAGUUCCAGUUUGAGAAGCUGCGCUUCCUGGAGAACUACACGUGCCUGGACCAGCGGGCCCUGGAGCAGUUUGUGCAGGUGAUCAUGGAAGCCUGGGUGAAGGGUGUGAACCCCAAAGGCAACUCCACCAACCCCAGCAACUGGGACUUCGGCAGCAGUUUCUUCUUUGCGGGCACGGUUGUCACCACCAUAGGAUACGGCAACCUGGCGCCCAGCACGGAGGCAGGCCAGGUCUUCUGUGUCUUCUAUGCCCUGGUGGGCAUCCCGCUCAACGUGGUCUUCCUCAACCACCUGGGUGCAGGCCUGCACGCCCACCUGGCCGCCCUCGAGAGGUGGGAGGAGCAGCCCAGGCGCUCCCAGCUGCUGCAGAUCCUGGGCCUGGCUCUGUUCCUGACCCUGGGGACGCUGGUCAUUCUCAUCUUCCCGCCAAUGGUCUUCAGCCACGUGGAGGGCUGGAGCUUCGGUGAAGGCUUCUACUUUGCCUUCAUCACUCUCAGCACCAUUGGCUUCGGGGACUAUGUUGUCGGUACAGACCCCAGCAAGCAUUACAUCUCGGUGUACCGGAGCCUGGCAGCCAUCUGGAUCCUCCUGGGCCUGGCCUGGCUGGCUCUGGUCCUCCCACUGGGUCCUCUGCUUCUGCACAGGUGCUCCCAGCUCUGGCUGCUCAGCAGGGGACUUGGCCUCAAGGAAGGGGGAGCCCCCGAGAUGGAAAGGGUCCCCAGAACUCAGAAGACCCCCAUCUCUGCAUGAGGCCUCCAGCAACCCCAGGAGCCCCUCCUGCUUCCCCUACCCCUUCUAGACUUCUAUAUGCCUUCUAGACUUCCUGUUCAAGAUCCUCCCUCUCCCCUUCCCAGCCAGGGCUGAUCUCAGGAUCUCUCCAGAGAGUAAAGGAGACAGGAAUAUUCAAGCAAGUAACUGAAAGGAGAUGUAGGACAGGAUGAGAGACGUGUGUGGAGUGAGAUGCACGCUGUUGUCCCAAAGCCCCUCCCCCAAAUGUGACCUGGAAAAGUUGAAUCCAGACAUGGAUCACCGUAGCCAAAUCUCCAUCAUGCCCUCCCCACAUUCCCCCCAACCCAGGAGACUUUAUGCAGUACAGUAAACAUAGGUUGACUUUAUUUUCACUUCAUUUGAUAUGUGCACGAGGGGCAUUUGUCAGGCCCCCACUGUGUGUCAGGCAGAGGGCCAGGUUCUGGGGACACACAGUGAAAUAUCCUGCUCUCCAUGUGCGUUUAGUCCACUAGAAGCACUAAAUAAGCAGAUAGGCCCCUACCCAGUGCCCAAAAUGCUACAAUGGGGCAGAGCAGGCCUGACAAGAGCCCAUAGGGGUGGCUGGUGGGGAGGGUCAAGGAGAGAGGAGGGCUGGGGAGGGACUUUUGGAGCAUCUUCAUGCAAACAGGAUAUCUACCCUCAGGAAUCUGGCAGCUGCCUCUCAAAGCCUGCCAGUUCCCCUUGCCUAGAGGUCUAGAACUGUCAGUGAACAAGGCUUAGGAGCUCUUGUGUAUCCCAUACCUUCCUGAGUGUGGCCUCCCCUGACUCCCCAGGGCACCCCUUGACCUCAUCACCCCCUCUGGGUGCCUGUCUUAAGAGCCUUUCCAAACACACCCAGAGACGAGCUCUGUGGAGGCCUGGCCUCCUUUAGGAACAUUCUCUGCAACCCCGGCCCUUCUCCUGCCAGACUGUGACGUCUCUGGCCAGAAGGAGAGGAGAGAUUUAGACCAGUCCAUCCACAGCCCAACUUCAUCAAGGACUUCAAAG